CUGCCACUCGUCUCCACCUCGGCUGCCCUUUUACAAUACUGCACUGCUUGCCUUUACCAUCGUCCUCAGCAUCAUCUCCUUUUCCUUCGUACUCGCCAUGGUGUCAUCGUGACAGUCAUCUGCUCUACGCCCAUAUCCAUCUCACGCGUCGUCAGUUGCUCGCCGCACUCACUCAUUCUUUGAAAGGGCGCCAUCUAUUUCUGACUGUACUGCUACCUCGUCAAAGGGCCGUUUCCCAGCGGAGGCUAGCCGAAAUGCAGUACAGGCCUCAGAGCCAUACAUCGCGGCAGUGGACGCUCGCUACUCUGCUUUUGGCGCUGCUAGCAGCCUGCAUCACCUUCCCCGCUGCUGCAUCUGCCGUCGAUGUGGCCUCGAAGCUCACCUCUGCAACGCAGUCUGGGGCCACAGCCACUUCCACUCACUCGCUCAUUCCUACAUCAGCACUCUCCCACUCGACGACUCAUACCGCCAAGCAUCAUGUGCCGACCUCUCCUGCUUGCGAUCCUCUCCCACUUUCUCUACCUCCACGCCAGCUCUGCGAUCACAUUGCAGCACACUGCCCUAGCUCAGGCCGGCUAAACUACCUCUCCUUCUACUAUUGCUCCUCCCUCGGAAGCCAUCAAAGGCAUGCUGGAGAUGGCGACAACAAGGAAGGCGAUCCCCUCACCGCCGGGCUGACAUUGCAAAGAGUCUUGGCAAUGGCAUGUAUCGCUUUCUGGAUCAUGUUCCUCUUCAGCUGUCUUGGACUCGUGGCGAGCGACUUCUUCUGCCCGAAUCUGGGAACACUUAGCAGCAGACUGGGGCUCAACGAAACCACCGCCGGCGUCACGUUCCUAGCGCUGGGCAAUGGCUCUCCAGACGUCUUUUCUACCUUUGCAGCUAUGUCCUCUGGCUCGGGUCAGCUAGCCAUUGGCGAGCUCAUAGGAGCAGCAUCCUUCAUCGUCUCUGUAGUAGCUGGAUGCAUGAUGAUUGUCAAGCCCUUCAAAGUGAGACCGUAUCCUUUCCUCCGGGACGUCGGCUUCUUCACCGUCGGCGUAGCAGCGACCAUGAUGUAUCUGGUGGACGGCAAGCUCACGCUAGGCGAAUGUCUUGCCAUGGUAGGCCUUUACUUCCUCUACGCUGCGACGGUCAUCGUGGGCUCGUUAUGGGAGGAGAGAAAAAGGCGGAAAAGGAUGCUUUGGGAGCAGAGUAGAAGUGCCUACCUCGACACCACCGAGCAAGACGAUGAGCCGGUCCAGGGAGACGACCUCAGACCUACCCCUCCCCGGACGCCUUCGCGCUCGCAUACCCCGCCUAACGGCACUCUACUCGCCCUCGAAAGUGGUCGACAGGGCCAGCUCCUCAGCCCCGAGUAUCAGCCCCAGUCGAACGAUCUCGAUCUCGACCCAUCAGAGGUGUGGGGCUCGAGCAUCCAGAUAAGAGGGCGUGAGCUAGAAAGGGGAGAUCUGAGGCGAGGCGUCGGACGGAACCACUCUACCGGAGACCUCGAGGCAGCGCCUCUCUCCUCCCCUCUUCUCAGUCCCAGCCUGCAUCACGCAAACAACGCCGGUCUUCGGCCGCCACAUAUUCUGGUGCGGACACAGUCCAGGCUCAGGGGCGGCGGUGGACCUCUAGGAGCAUUGAUGCCUAGACAUUCGCUCCUCGGAGCAGUAGAGUUCAGAGAUGUGGUUCGAAGUCUCGGGGCAGCCGAGGGGACGCGAAGCCCAGGUGCAGAAGUGAGAACAGAAGGAGCAGACUUUCUAGACGUUGCGAGCAGUAGAGAUCCGGAGCAGUCCCUGCCACAUCAUCAUCACCAUCAACAUCAGAAUCGUCCCGGCAGUCAUCACCGGGCGCCUUCGCUCGAAAGCGGCAUUGCUGCUUCCAUAGCCGUCGCUACGGCUUCCGCUGCCGGGCCUUCCGUGAGCGGAUCGAUGUCACCUAGACCAAAGAUGCCCCGGAGCGCCACGGACAUGCCUAACAUGGGCGCUUCUAGUCAGAACCACCAGCCGGUACUGGUCCGCGCUGGUGGGAUAGAGGAUCCCUGGAAGGAGCACGGAGCAGGGGAUGGCUGCGAUGAUGGCAAUGACCAAGCAGACGACGCUCGUGCGCCACCACUUCUUCAUUUACAGAUCCCGGAUCAGCCUUCCUCGUCGAAUGGCACAGCACAAGGGACACAGGCGAUACCCUCCAUCGUUGUUGUACCGGAAGAAGGAGAGGAGGGGGAGGAGGUUGUGUCGACAGUGAGACGGCCGCAAUCACUCGGGCUUGCCAAGUCGCUCCUCCGGGUCCUCUGCCCUUCACUGCGUCACUGGAAGAGCAAGUCGAUUCUAGGCUAUAUCCUGAGCGUGGUCAAUGCGCCGCCUCUUGUGAUUCUCACUCUCACGCUGCCAGUGGUAGACGACGAGGGAGAAGCGAGGGCUGCUGCCAAUGCUCUCGGAGGAGACGUUGGCUCGGGUGGAGCUCUGACACUCAAAGGCGACGAGAGGGAUCUGUUCGCCCGAGAUGCGGAAGAGCGCGAUGCUCAGCCAAGGACGAGCGCUGAGGUGGAGAGUAUUCUGGACCUCAAUACAGGAGAGAGGAGAGUGAUGGAGAGCGAUCCUUGGAAGGACGAGGAAGAGAGGCAGGUGUUGGCCAACAAGCAGAGGGAUCUCGAUGUAGCCGGCGCUCUGAGAGGGUUGUCAGCACAGCAAAUGAGCCCUCUCGAUCUGACUGGCUCAGGAGCUCAAGACCGGGGUUCAGGCGUUACUGGGAAUAAUGCAGACGCCGCCUCACUCUGCUCUUCUUCCUCGGGCGACUCCAUCCACUUCACGCCCCUCUCUCCGAACACGCAUCUAGUGCUAUCCAUCUCGCAAUGCUUCCUAGCUCCGCCCUUUCUAGCAUGGGCAGUAGUACCAGAGUACAGUCUCAAGUGGUUCCUCUACUCCUUCCUCUUCUCAACCGUCCUGGCCACAAGCGUCCUCCUACUAGCCUUACGAGCUCGUCAAGUAGGAGGCUACUGGUACUCUCCGCCCACGCUGGCAUUCCUAUCCCUCUCACGCUGCUUCAUUGGAUUCUGCGUAAGCAUCGCCUGGAUCUCCACGGUAGUCAAUGAAGUCGUGGCGAUUCUACAGGCGCUAGGUCUCAUCUGUGGAUUGAGCGACGCGAUUUUAGGAUUGACCAUCUUUGCUGCGGGUAACUCGCUCGCGGAUCUGGUUGCGAAUGUAACGAUUGCCAGGGCUGGGUACCCGAUUAUGGCAAUCUCAGCCUGUUUCGCUGGACCUCUCCUCAACCUCCUCCUAGGUAUCGGCCUCUCAGGAACCUACAUCCUCUCUUCUUCCUCCUCAUCGCACUUCAAUCCCUCCACUCCAGUCUACAAGAUCGAACUCUCCCCUACUCUCCUCUCUUCUGGCGCUGGACUUCUGCUGGUACUACUGGGCACUCUGAUCGUCGCGCCUCUCAAUGGAUUUGAGCUGGGUAGGAAGAUGGGGUGGGGAUUGAUCGGAGCUUACUCGGUGGUGAUGGCGACGAACCUCGCAGUGGAAAUUAGUGGGUAUGGGAGGAGGAGAUAGGACUGAUAGCCUAAUGUAGACUUUCUCUGCUCUGCAUGGCAUCUCUCCUGCCUGCCGUUGUACUUUUUUCACUCUUCACAUUCUGAUUAGCUUCAUUACUACAUAGGCUUUCUCU